AUGGGAUUACCACCUACCAGGGGACAUGAUCACCAUAUUCCUUUAAAGGAUGAAUCUCAGGCAAUCAAAUUGAGGCCAUAUAGAUACCCAACUGUCCAGAAAAAUGUAAUAGAGCACAUGGUGCAAGAGAUGAAGGACUCGGGAGUUAUAAGGGAUAACAAUAGUUCUUUUGCCUCACCUGUAGUCCUUGUGAAGAAAAAGGAUGGUACUUGGAGACUUUGCAUUGAUUAUAGGCAGCUUAAUAAGUUGACUAUUAAGGACAAGUUUUCAAUUCCAUUGGUUGAAGAACUGUUAGAUGAAUUAGGAAAAGCCAAAUUUUUCUCCAAGUUGGAUUUAAGGUCGGGCUAUCAUCAAAUUCGAAUGGCCAAUGCUGAUAUCCACAAAACAGCAUUUAGAACCCACCAUGGCCAUUUCGAGUUUUUGGUCAUGCCCUUUGGCUUAACCAAUGCCCCCUCCACUUUUCAGAGCUUAAUGAACCACAUUUUUCAGCCCUUCUUGAGAAAAUUUGUGCUUGUCUUUUUUGAUGAUAUACUCAUCUAUUCUGAAAAUUGGGACUCUCACAUUCAGCACUUGCAUCAAGUUUUCAAAGUUCUGGAGGAACAUCAACUCUUUCUUAAGCUCUCUAAGUGUGAUUUUGCUGCCCGACAGGAGCUUCGCGGGUUCCUUGGACUUACUGGUUACUAUAGAAGGUUUAUUCGCAACUAUGGAAUUAUUGCUAAACCCCUACCAGAUUUACUCAAAAAGAAUAACUUCCACUGGAAUGAGUUAGCCACUGCAGCUUUCGAACAACUUAAAACAUCAAUGACUUCGGCUCCUGUUUUGGCACUUCCUGAUUUUGAUAAACUAUUUGUGGUGGAGUCUGAUGCGUCUCACUUAGGCAUAGACCAUGAGAGCCUGAAAUAUAUGCUGGACCAAUCUACCCACACGCAUGCUCAGCAUAAAUGGCUGGUCCAAAUGAUGCAGUAUGACUUUGAAAUUCAAUAUAGGCAAGGACAUACAAAUGUGGUGGCAGAUGUAUUGUCCAGGCAACCUGUUGCCGAGCUACUCACUAAUUCAGUUUUCUCCACUGAUUUGCUUGCAAGAAUUCAACAAUCUUGGGAGCAAGAUAAGUCCUUGGCAGGCCAUAUUACAAAAGUUAAAUCUCAUCCCAUGGCUGGUGCUAAGUUUACUUGGAAUUCUGGGCAGUUCAGAAGAAAAGGGAAAUUAGUUGUGGGGGCUGAUACAAAAUUAAGAAGAGAGUUGCUAGAAUUAUUCCAUAGCUCAAGUGGGGGCGGUCACUCAGGCAUGGAUGCAACUACGAAGAGAAUUGCUGCUGUUUUGUACUGGAAAGGCAUGAAGAAGGCAGUGAGACAAUUUGUUAGAGAAUGCUCUGUGUGCCAACAAUAUAAAUAUGACAACUCUGCAUAUCCAGGGCUCUUACAACCACUACCAUUGCCCAAGAGAAUAUGGACAGACAUAUCAAUGGACUUCAUUGAAGGGUUGCCUAAAUCUGGUGGUAAGGAUGUGAUUUUAGUUGUGGUUGAUAGAUUGAGUAAAUACAACCAUUUUAUUGCGCUAUCCCAUCCUUUCUCUGCUUUGCAAGUAGCACAGGUCUUCUUAGAUUCAAUUUAUAAACUUCAUGGAGCUCCUGAGUCUAUUGUAUCUGACAGGGACAAAGUCUUUAUUAGUAAAUUCUGGACUGAGUUGCUUAAGCUCAUGGGAACUAAGCUGAAAUUAUCUACAGCCUAUCAUCCACAGACCGAUGGACAAACUGAGAUUGUCAAUAGGAGUUUAGAGACUUAUUUGAGGUGCAUGUGUGGUGAAUGCCCAAAAGAAUGGCUCAAAUGGCUUCCUUUAGCUGAGUGGUGGUACAAUACUUCAUACCACACUUCAGCCAAAGCAACUCCAUAUGAGAUUGUCUAUGGUCAACCUGCCCCUCUCCACCGGCCAUACUUACCUGGAGACAGCUCGGUGGCUGCCAUUGACAGAAGUCUCCAAGCUCGGGAAGCCACUCUCAAGCUCUUGAAAUUCCAUCUGACACGAGCUCAAGAAAGAAUGAAAGCCCAAGCUGAUAAAAAACGCUCUGACAGAGCCUUUGAGAUCGCUGACAUGGUAUAUCUCAAACUUCAACCCUAUAGGCAGAGUUCUGUAGCUACCAGAGUUAACAUGAAGCUAUGUACACGUUUCUAUGGCCCCUAUAAGUUGCCAAUGUUUGACUCUGAUGGGCUAAUUGCAAAGGAGCCGGUUGCUGUGCUUGAGCGAAGAAUGGUUAAUAGGAAAGGUAAACCUGUCACUCAAGUCCUAGUGCAAUGGAGUAACACUUAUCCAGAGGACUCCACUUGGGAAACAUGGUUUGACCUGUAG